AUAAAUAGAGGCUUGUAAUAAUCUUGACGAAGUACUUUCAUUAUUGCGAAAAGGUCAUCCAGAUAUUUUCUAAGCUUCUCUCUCUCUCUUCUGGUUGAAAGAUGAUGGGAAACCCAGAGCAAAACCAUACAAGUUCUCAAACCAGAAGCUUCAAGACUUGGGUUUGGAGUUCCCCCCAGUGAAACAGAGCCUAUAUGACACUGUCAAGAGCUUGCAGGACAAGGGGCACCUUAAAGUUCCUACAAAACAAGAAGAAGACUCCAUUAAGAUCCAACAUUCUUAAGUAAAGCUUAUUAUGCGUGCUGCUAGCUAGGUGAAAGCAAUUACUCUGCCCCAGUCUUAUGAAUAAUGUGAAACUAUGACUGUAUUAGGUUGCUCGUGUAUUAUGAGGCUCAACUAGAUUACCAUGGACCAUCUCGAACUUGAUUUUGGUUCUUCCAUAUAUUUGCAGGAGGCAACAAUUAAUAUUAAUUAGUCAGUACUUUGAAGCAUUCUAAUUAAGAAGCUCCAAGAUCUGACUGAGAGGAAAUAUCAGUUAUACAGAUGUCUGAACAAGCCGUUGUGGAUAUUUGGCAUUCAGAGGCUGCCAAGGGGAAAGCUCAACGUGAAGGACACAGAUCAAGAAAAAUAUGGCCUAAACUAAAGGAUAUUCUUCGGUCUUUCCUGCUAAGUUGGUGGAAAACUAUAUUUACAAUCUCCUGCAUGCUUUCUGUCUCCGUGGAUCCGUUGUUCUUAUACAUUCCUGUCACCAAUGAAGACAUGAAAUGUCUCAGAUUGGACCAUAAUCUCAAGACAGUCACUCUUUUGUUACGAUCGGCCGUCGAUCUCCCAUGUAUAGUGAACAUCAUUUCCCAAAUUCUUGCUGUGAGGCCACGGCAGCGCCGGAGGGUUAAAUUAGUGGAGAUGGCUAAGCGGAUUUUAUGGCCAUACUUCCUGGUUGAUAUUUUAGCUGUUCUUCCCAUUCCACAUGUAGUAAUCCUUAUUUUACUUACAAGAACGAGAAAGAUUUCGAACCCGAAUGCGAGGAAGUUGCUAAACUCUCUUAUUCUAUUCCAAUAUUUUCCACGAAUUUUUCGCAUGUACCAAUCAUGUAAGGUCAAUAAGGAGGAGCCUGAUGAGGAGGAGGCUGAUAAGACUCGUUAUGGCGACCAUGGACAUCGAAUAUGUUUCAAGGUGUACAAGUUUAUCCUUGCGAGUCAUGUGCUCGGAGCCUUUUGGUACUUCUUUUCUAUUCAACGAGCUAUGGAUUGUUGGCAAUAUGCAUGUCGAAAAGAAAAGAAAUGUGGAGAUAAUACUUUUGACUGUGGUGGCAAUCACUCAUUUAAGAAUGUCACAUUUAUAAAUGAUUUUUGCCCCAUAAGUACACCAAAUCCAACACUCUUCAAUUUUGGUAUAUUUAUGGAGGCACUUCAAUCUAAUAUAGUGGGAUCAACGGAUUUUCCACAAAAGUUCUUGCAUUGUUUUUGGUGGAGUCUGCAAAGUCUAAGCUCAUUUGGUCAAACUCUCGAGACCAGUACUUAUGCUUGGGAAAAUCUCUUUGCGGUUUGUAUCUCUGUAAUUGGAAUGAUACUAUUCUUAAUAUAUCUGAAUGCAGUUUUGCAGUUCGUAACUACAACAUCGGAAAGACACAAGAGGGAAAUGAUAAGUAAGGAGGUAGAUUUGUGGCUAUUUAGAAAAGGCCUGCCUAGCAAUUUGAAGCAAGUGAUCAUGCAUUUCAUGAUACAAAAACUUAAACAGAAGAUAGAUGUUGGGGUGGAUGAUAUACUCUCUAUUCUUCCUUCGACACAUCGUAAAUACAUCGAGCGUUUUCUUCGUUUGGCUAUCCUUAAAAAAGUGCCAAUGCUUCAAACUAAGGAUGUAAAAAUGUUGAAAGAAAUAUGCGAGCACCUCCAGCCGGUGCACUAUCCUGAGGACAUUUGCAUUAUUGGAGAGGGAGAGCGACUAUCUAAGAUGAUUUUCAUCACAAAUGGCACUGUACAGACAUACAAGACUAAUGGUGAAGGUGGAAGAAUUGGUUCCAAGUUUCUUGAGAAAGGGGAUUUCUAUGGAUCAAAAGAGCUUCUCAAUUGGGCAUCAAAGUUGAGCUCUUUCGACGACUUACCAAUCUCGACCAGAAUGGUUAAGCCUAUCAUGAAAGUCGAAGCCUUUGUACUGAGUGCGGAGGACUUGAAGAAUGUAGUCCGUAAGUUCUGGUGGCAUUUCACCAAGGACAAGGAUCUAACUGAGUUCAGCGAGCCUGUGUUAGAGGAGCUAGCAUUAUCUACCAUAAAACAAAUCCGUCGCAAAGCGAAAAAGAAGCAGGCAAUUAGGUCCCUCAAUAAUCAGCUGGCCAUGGGUAGGCCAAGUAUGAACUUGCAACGGGUCGUCAGCAGGGCCAUGUGGGAUCAGCUACCGUCUCCGGUUCAGUCUCCGGCUCAUUCUCUAUAAGGCAAGGCUAGCUAGCUCGUUGGGUUUAGUAUAUACUCUAGUCUCCGGUUCAUUAAUGUUUCUUAGUUUAUGAUAUCACAAAUGCUCACUUAACUUUCACAUGUUCGACAUUUUGGUUACUUACUUUUAAAUGUAUCACUUUGGUCACUCAAUUCUAACUAUGUUAUUCACUUCAGUCACUUUGUUAAUUUUUUUCAUUAAAAAAAAUUAUUUACCAGAAUAUCAAGGAUAUAUUCAACCAACCAAUUGUGAAAAAUUAAGAAAUCUGAAUUGGAAUGAAUGAGAUAAGUGAUUAAAGUGAGCAAAAUGUUCAUUCGGUGACUAAAGUGAUUGAUAGAGUAAUAGUUGAGUGAUCAAAGUGAUAUAUUUGAAAAUUAAGUGACCAAAGUGUCGAAUGAAUCAUGGUUGAGCGACCAUUUGUGAAAUUCUCCCUUUAUGAUCAUUUGUGAAAUUCUCCCUUUAUGAUAAUGUUUUAUACAACAAUAAUAACUCAUUGUAACAAAGGAAAAAUUGUUCUUAUGGUAAAUAAUAUCCUCCGCAGAA